AUGGAGGGGGGCCAGAGGGUCCGCGGAAUGCGGGCUAUGGCGGACGGUGAAAGGCCUGAGGACGCGGCUUUUAUGCGGCGCGCGCUCGAGCUGUCGAGGCAGGCGCUGGGUCGUACGUCGCCGAACCCGAUGGUGGGGUGCGUGAUUGUGAAGGACGGUGACAUUAUCGGAGAAGGCUGGCAUCCCAAGGCUGGCGAGCCGCACGCGGAGGUGUUCGCGUUGAGAGCAGCGGGCAAGGCAGCAGCGGGCGCGACGGCGUACGUGACGCUGGAGCCGUGCAACCACCACGGGCGCACGCCGCCGUGCAGCCAGGCGCUGGUGAAGGCGCGCGUGCGGCGCGUGGUGGUGGGGACCGUGGACCCGAACCCGCUCGUGGGCGGGGAGGGCGUGCAGACGCUGCGGCGGUCGGGCGUGGAGGUGGUGGUGGGCGUGGAGGAGGCGGCGUGCCGGCGCAACGUGGAGGCGUUCAUGUUCCGCAUCGCCAACCAGCGCCCCUACUCCAUUCUCCGCUACUCCCUCUCGCUCUCUGGCUCGCUCCUCCCAUCAAUCGGCACGUCAGGCUGUGGUGCGGGCAGCUACCGCAGCCAGCUCUUGGCGGAGUACGACGCGGCUGUCAUCACAGACACCGACCUCCUCGCUGCUGUUGCUGCUCAUUCUGACGGCGACGCUGCUUCUCCUGACUCCUCUGCCAGCCCAGCGUCCCUCCUGUCCUCGGAACCCGAAUGCCAGCAGCCUCUGCGCGUGGUCGUUGCUCGCUCCCUCGCACACCUCCCUCGCUCCGCGCCCAUUUUCGACACCUCGCUGGCGCCCACGCUCGUGGUCACGAACGAGUCUGCUGUGGUGGUGGACGUCAGUGCGGCGUCGGCAACAGGCAGGGCGGCGGCGGAGCAGUGGCUGGGGGAGUGCGGAGUGGAUCUGGUGGUGCUGCCGGAUGGGUUCUCUCCAUCUGACGUCAUGGAGCUGUGUCUGGAGCGCGAUUGCAACUCCGUGCUCUGGGAUUGGCACCCCGUGGUGCAAGGCGUGGCUGCUGCUAGCAGCAGCAGCAGCAGCAGCAGCAGCAGCGAGAGUAGCAGCGACAGCUCGUCCAGUGACGGCGAGGGCUGGUCGCUGGGGAGCUGGUUGAUGGAGGAUGACGCAGUGGAGAAGGUGGUGGUUGCGCUCUCACCUGUGCUGGGUGGUAGCGCGCCUAGGGGAGCAGUAAGCAGCACUGGCGGCUGGCUUGAGGGUGACGUGGGAGAGAUGUUUCCACUGCAUGGUCUGCAUGCGCAUCACGCCGCAAAAGAGCCCCACUUGCGCAGGAAUUCGCCUUCAAGAAUUCUAUCAAGCCCCCAGCAGCUCGACACGCUUGCAACUCCGCCGUUUGCUGCCAGCUAUGACGGUGCAUCCAGGCUCUCGUCAUGGUCUCGUGGCGCUCCUUGCGGCCCUCGCAUGCUCCUGCCUGCCGUGCAUGUCACUCGCAGUGCCCAUCGCGGACUCGCAAGGCACGGUGCUGCCCUCACAUGCGACUCAUACGGCAUGAUCACCUCCAUGCGCAUCGACUUGUCUUUAGGGGUGGACUUCCAACCCGCCUCCGUCACCCAGCUAUCGCACCUCACCCAGCUAGAGUUUCCAAAUGUGUUUGACUUUCCAAAGGGAUCCCUCUACAACAUUACCUGGCUCAAGUCCCUGGCAGUGGAUUGCGUGAUGGGCGAGAGUGCCCCCAUUCCCGGAGGAUUGGACAACCUCUCCCAGCUCACUAGGCUGAGGAUAUGCAAUUGUGGAUUGGAGAAUCAGCUGAAUAUGUUCAUCCCCGGUCUGUUGGAGCUAGACGUGCCAUCAAACAUCAUUCCGCAAAUAGGGUAUUUUCCGUACCGCUUUCCGAGCCUCGAGAAACUGAAUCUGAGCUCCAACCAGGUCCAAGCCAACGGCCUUCUUCACCUGAGUGAACUCACCGGCCUCACAUCUCUGGAUCUCUCAUCCAACCAGUUGGAGGGCAACCAGGUGCUGGAAAUUCUCAGCCUGCCCACCUUGCAAUUCUUGAACCUUUCCAACAACGGGCUGAGAGGCAGUCUGCCUGAAUCUCUCACAACUAUGUCUAACCUGGUCACCCUAAGCGUUGCAUCCAAUUAUAUGGAAGGAACCAUCCCCCCAGCCCUUGGAAAGUUACGCAAUCUCUCAACCCUAGACACCAACACCAGCGGUCUCAAGUGCCCUGACAGCUACAGCAGCUGCGGUGUGCCUCAGAAUACAACCUCUGGCUUCUGCCGCACCUGCCCUGACUUCUGCUCCACAUGUGACAAGCGCAAGUCGCUUCCCCCAGGCGUUAUCACGGCAAUUGUAGCUGCGGCGGCUGCUGUCAUCACUGCAGCGCUUGCUGCACUGCUCUACUGCUGCUACUGCGUCGACAAACCGCUGGUGAGCAGCAAGGCGGCAGCGCAGGUGUGUCAGGAGUAUUCACUGGCGGCGGUGGUGAAGGCAACGAACGGGUGGUCCGAGGCCAACCUGCUUGGCAUGGGAGGCUUUGGUGAUGUGUAUCGCGGCGUCUCUCCCACUGAUGGUGCCACGCCGUGGGCUGUGAAGCGAGCUAAGAUCAUCACCAACGACUUUGACACCGAGGUGUGUGAGAUGGCAACGAAGCACCACCCCAACCUCGUGCGGCUGCUGGGCUUCGCAAUCGGCAUCACCGACAAGACAAGGGUCGAGCAAAUCCUCAUCUACGAGCUCAUGCCCAACGGGGACCUCUCGCGAUGGAUCGGGAAAG